AUCAUUGUACACAACUUCUGUGACCAAACAAUAUAUUGAGCCCUACRAAGUACUGUGCGACGCAACAUUUAAAAAAGACCAACCAAUUCAUCAUGUGGGCCAAAAUCCAUCUCAACCGGUUUCUUCGGUGGAUAUUAGCAACUCUGUUGUCUAUCAUCUUCCCGUAUGCUACUAUCAAGAAUCCWGAUGGAUCUGAGCGGAAGCAACGSCAGGAGAAAUACCGCAAUAUGCCACUGUUGAGUGUAAGCAGCGACGACAUGCCGGAAUCCGACCACGAGGAGAACGAGGCAGAUAGCCAUCUCGGGGAGGCCUCAAACGAAGUCUUUGAUCUAAUUGGGCAACGAAUGACGCUAUUGUAGACACACAGUGCAUAUAAGGCUCACGCACCGAAAUGCAUGUUGCCCAAGGCGUAGCAACAAACCAUCACUUUCGGGUUUGGCAGUAGAGUUGGCUAUUCUCCGGCCCCAAGUUUCUUGGGCUUUCUAACCCUUCAUCGAUUGCAACGUAAGUUGGAAUUUAGCUACGAUGCAAGUAUUGUUACGCAUCUCGCCGGACCCACAGGUCAAUGAUUGACAGGAUGAUCGGAAUAGUCUAUUGAAAYACCAAAAUUUAAAUGAAAAUCUACUUUACCA